AUGACAAUUCUGAACUUCGUCAUCACCAGCUUUGGGAGCUAUGCAACGACUUCUACAUACGAAUAUAUUCCCAACACAUCGCGCUUCUACCUCGCAGGCGUAGAAUUUGUCGUCUGCGUGAUGAGCAGCAUUGCCGUGGUUGCUCUCACGAGCUGCGAAAUCUGCCUCUUCAGGCAAAAGCAUUUGACAUCACUCUUGUACUUGGUGUCGAGUGUUGCCAAGCUCUACCUCUGGUUGGAGGCAGCGGUGGUUACGUUGCCAUUCCCGCCGUGGACGGUGUGGACAUUGACUGCGGGAUGCGGUGCUUCGCUCAUGGUGUUCUGGACGCUGAUCCCUCUCAUCUCCAGUGCUUCGAUGUUCAAACGACUGAAGAGGGACCGAAAGACGGGGAGAUUCGAGUGCGAGCUUGGCCUGAUUGGUUGA